AUUCGCGUAGACACGCGUGAUAAGCCAUCGCCAACGAUCAUCAUUCUUUGCGUAAACAUCACGCAAAGCUCAGUUACUCUCCCGAUCCGUCCCGAAAAUGGCGCUCCGGUUCACCGUUCUAACCGUUCUGGUCGCCGCGGCCCUAGUGUCCUCCCAUCCGUUGGAAUCCGACUACCGAAAGUACCUGCGAACGCGUCCACCGCAAGCCCCGGGCGAGGUCCACGUCGAGGAGGUGCUGGAAGUGUUCCGAACGCGGGAUCGACCCCCAGCCUACGGAGUGUACAGUGCCGGAGUGAACGCCUUCCUCGCCAACAGCGCACUUCAACGGAGCAAGGUGACGAGGCCACUCACGACCAGAAGUGUUGCCAGCACGACAACUUCGACGACGACGACGGUGAGGCCGACGAGGACCACUUUUCCGACCCCGACGCGGAACAACGUGAAUCCGGACUAUACGAACCCGUUCCAGCCGAGCAUCUCGAUGACCAAGUAUCCCAGCUAUAAAGCGCCCAAGACGAUCAUCAUACAGGAGGGAUCGACGGGGUGCUCCAAAGGGAGGAUUGAGGAUCGGGUGGUGACGACAGAGAGGGUUCCCGAUGAGCAAGAGCUUGAGGAAGAUGAUACGUACUCGUACUCGAAUGAGGAGUACUUUGACCAGUAAGCAGAAAUGGUGCAAAAAUAAUUAGUUUUUGAGUAAAAACCAAAGUUGUUUCGAAACAAGUACGCAAAUAAAGUACAGUUGGUUGGAUCAGC